GCGUACCAGCCCAGCUGGGUGUCCGAUCCCUCUCAUUCCACCACUCUUUGGGUAGGCCGGCACGGGACCCCAACCCUUGGGACAGACAAGGCACUGCUACGUAAGUACAUACCUUUGCCCAGCCAACCCCCCAAGCUGACUGGCGCAUCCUCCCCCAACCGUCGGAUAUGUAUCUCUGCGCUCCUAACAACGUACGGUGACAUGGCCAAGCCGUUCAGCGAGUAGCAUGGCUGACAAGGCCCAUCUUGACUGCUCAGCCCGACUGGUCUAGAUGACGUCAUGCCUGCGCAUUCUGAACCCGGCCGAUGAACUCUUAAAGGGCUUUCGGUUCCGUUUCUUCCAGUAAGACAGACAACGUCGGACUCCGGAUCAUAAUCGUUCCAUCGUAAUGUCAUUCAAGCCUCCCUCCGAGAUCUCGGUCACAUCUCGCCAGAUCCCCAAAUGGGGUGGGAUCCCUAACACCUCCGUCCAGUCUAAACCACUCAUGAUCUACCACAAAGCUUUUAACGCGUCCGCUAGCGACCUCGCGACGCACUUGGAGGAAAUUGGCGAGGUCAGGCCACAGUGGGUCUAUUCCAUGUACAGCCAAACGCACUUCCACAGCACCACUCACGAGGUCCUGGGAGUGGUUUCCGGCCGUGCACGACUUUGUUUCGGUGGAGAAGCGAACCCCGAACGCUUCGAGCCGACCGUCGAAAAAGGCGAUCUGAUCAUCGUGUCCGCCGGCGUCGGCCACCGGCUCCUGGACGACCUUGGCGCUGGCCACGAGUCUUUCAAGAUGGUCGGCGCGUAUCCACCCCAGAAACAAUGGGAUAUGUGCUACGGCGAAUCAAGGGAGGAAAACAAGGUUUCCAGGAACAUCCAGGAGCUGGACUGGUUCCACAGCGAUCCCUUGUAUGGCACAGAUGGGCCUGUGCUGCAGGUUUAAAUCCCGUGAUGAUUUGGGCAGUAGCGGCCGUGCAUUUUUUGACCGUAAAAUCUCAUUUGUACAUGAUUAUCGUAUAUGCACAGCGAUCGUGUAAUCCAAAAAGCCAGAUUGUUCCGUUUCCGGCCCAAAGUUCAAACUCCAGUCGACCGGCACAACAGGUAUAAAACGCCCAUAACUAAGUAAGCUAAGCAA